AUUGGAUGGACUAAUACCAUUAUUUAUUUAAAUUUAUUCUAAUUGGAAAUGUAAGAGUUGGAAAGUCAAGCAUUUUAUCAUAAAUCACAGAAAAAAAAAUUUUAGAAUAAUAUGAUUGUACAAUAGGUGUUGAAUUUGGAUCUGUAAUUACUGAAAAGAACAAGAAAACAAUUAAAUUAUAAAUAUGGGAUACAUCAGGAUAAGAUGCCUUCAAGUAAAUUACAAAAUGUUAUAUUAAAAGGUAUAUAAUAUAUAAAAUAAAUUAGUGCCGUGGGAGUAUUUUUAGUUUUUGAUAUCACAAACUAAGUUUCAUUCCAAGAUAUAUUAAACUGGUACAAUGAUAUAAAAGAUUAAGUUUCUUAAUAUGCCUAAAUAGUUUUGGUGGGCAAUAAAUUUGAUUUGGAUUCUGAGUAUAUAUUUCAAAUUAUAUAUUUUAGUCGUCAAAUAUCGACUGAACAAGCAAAAGCAUUUGCUGAUCAAUACAAAAUGCAAUAUAUUGAAAUAUCUGCAAAAACGGCUUAUAAUAUAGAAUAAUUAUUUGAGCAGACAACAAUGGAAAUAUUAAACAAGAUAGAAAUGAAACAAAUUGAUGUUAAUUAAGUAUAAAUCAGAUUUAAAUAUUAAUAGGAUAGUGGUAUUAAAUCAGGUUAAUACUUAUUGGAGGAAAAUACAAAAUGAUUGAAUUGCAAAGUUUAUUAUUAAAAUUAAAAGAUUAUCCCC